AUGGAGCUCGGGAGCCGCGUCCUCGUCGUCGGCGGCAAGACCGGCGUCGUCCGCUUCCUCGGGACGACCGAGUUUGCGCAGGGCGACUGGGUCGGCGUCGAGCUCGAUGCGCCCGAAGGCAAGAACGACGGCGAGAUCAACGGCGUGCGCUACUUCCAGUGCGAACCCAACUUUGGCCUCUUUGCCAAAAAGUCCCAAGUCCGGCUCGCGCGUGGUGGCUCGACGCCGCCGACGCAUGGCACAGCGUCCACAUCCUCGACAUCGUCCGCGACCAGCCGCCUGCUGCAGAUGCGCGAGAAGCGGUCGUCGACGUCGUCGCUCACGCCGCCCGCAGCGCCUGCGCCGGCCAAAAAGACCAGCCCGCGCCUCCCGACCGACCGACCGCUCACGCGACGCUCCAGCCUCACGGUACCGUCGUCGCCAUCCCGGCGUGCGGCCGCGCCAGCGCCGCUCUCACUUCCUCCGUCGCCAACCGAGUCGACACGCUCGACUCGGUCCGUUCGGUCCAUCGACGAGCACGAAGCGCUCGAGCACGCCCACGACAAGAUCGAGAACCUCUUGCACGACCUCGAGCUCAAGAACGAGCGCAUUGCCGCGCUUCAAGCCGAGCUCCUCGAGGCGCAGAAGGCGCCAAUGCCACCGCCGGCACCCGCAUCUUCCUCGUCUUCGGUGCUCGACACCAAGGCCGCGUACGACGAGAAGGUGCGCGAGCUACGCGACGAAGGCAUUGCGCUCGCCGCCAAGAUGCGCAAGGACUUUGAGAUCAAGGUGACGAAACUCGAAAAGACGAUCGAGGACAAGGAAGCGUCGUUCCAAGCGGCGCUCGACAAGCAACUGCACGAGCUGCAAGCCGCCACCUCCGAGCUCGUCGCGCUCCGGAGUCGCAACGCGCAGUUUGCUGCGUCCGAGCAGGCGCGGACGGACGAGGUUGCUCAAGCCCAAGCCAAGGCGUCGGCGGCCACCCGCAAGAUUGAGACGCUCAACGCGCAGCUCGCGGACCUCCACGACACGGUCGAGAUGCUCACGCUCGAGAAGGAGACGCUCGCGAUGGACAAGGAGAUCGCUGAAGAGCGGCUCGAAGACGCCGAGAUGGAGGUCGAGAAGCUCACGCUGGCCGCGGAGAUUGCUGGCGACUCGUCGCACAUGCACUUGGACGUCCAUUCGACCAGCGUCCACGAAGAGAACGCCAAGCUCCGGACAGCGAUCAAGGCGCUGCACGACCGGUACGCGGACGAGAAGAUGGAGCUCACCAAGUCGUUCAAGGAGGCAUCGCGCCAAGCGACGGAGCUCGCGAGCUACCGCGACGAGGUCGAGGUUGUGUCGGCCAAGAUGGCCAAAGUGGCGCAUGAAAACGAAGAGCUCAAAGAGAUGCUCGAUGUCGCCAGCGCGUACGAGGCCAUGGUCGAAGCGCUCACGGAGAAGAACCUCAGCCUCGGCGAGCGCGUCGCCGAUCUCGAAGCGUCAAUCGCAUCGCUCGAAGCGCUGAAAGACAUGAGCGAGGAGAUGGAGCACCAGCACGACUUGCUCGAGAAGGACCUCCGCGCCGAGCUCCUCACGCUGCGCACGAAAGUGACCGAGCUCAACGAGCGCCUCGCCUCCGCGCAAGCCAACGUCGACGACAAGGACCGCACGGUGCAUCGGUUCCGCGAGCUCGCGCACCGCAACCGCGAAGAGAUGGCGGCGCUUCGGGAAAAGCUCCGGCUCGAGGCCGGCGAGCUCGACGCGCGGGUCGAAGCCACGUGGCUGCGCUCGCUCCUGCCGUCGUCCGUGUUUACCGAGGCGGACGACCGGUCGCUCAAGGUCCGGCUGCUGCUCUCGCGCCUCCACGGCAACGUCGACGUUGUUCUCAACCACGUCCUCAAGAACGUCUCGUCGCUCACGUCCGACGUCCUCGGCAACCCGAUCGAGAAGGCGCGUUUGGCGUACGAGUGGGCGCUGGGCGUCCGUCUCUUGCAGGUUCGCUUGGCCAUUGCCCAUGCGCAGCAAUCGCUGCACACGGCCGGCGACACGGCGUUUCAGUCGCUGCUCGUGCAGCUCGACGGGCCAUCGACACAUCAACUCGACGUCGCGCUCGAUGGUGUCCUGAUCUCGCUCGGUGUCGACGGCGGUCUGAGUGGCGGGAGUGACGCGCAGCCGUCGUCGUCGGACCGACUCUUGUCGGUCGCCGCCGAGUGGAGUGCACUCUUCCCGCUCACGCACGUGACGCAGGCGUCGCUCGUCAAGCUCCAAGCCCAGGCCCACGCAUCGAUCCUCUCGCUGCACUGCGCGAUUGCGUUUUUGCACGACGACCUCCCGCUCGAGCUCCGGGGCGCCGUUUGGAACCUCGCACUCCAAGUCGCCCGGCGCGCCGAGUUGGACCUCGGUGGCGAGGCUUCCAGUAGCGACGACGACGACGACGAUUCGGAGAUGCGACAUGUGCUCGCGACGGUGGUGGGCGGCGUCGUCCUCGAGCAGUUGCAAGCCUACGCGAUCGAGAGCGGGGACUUGACGACCGAGACACAGCUGCAGUCGUUCAAAGAGCGUCUCGCGGUGCUGUACAAGGCCGUGGCCAAGGGCGCGCUCACGGAUGCAUGCGUCCUCGUACCGAGCGCCGUGCCGCCGGCGCGCCGCCAACCGACGUGGGAGCUCCGCGCCGAGAUGGUGCGGUCCGAGCUCGCGAGUGCGUCGACGCUAUUGACGUCGUUGGAGGAGACGACCGACGUCUGCCAUACGCUGCAGGCGCGGCUCAAGGAGCUCGAGAAGGCCGAGAGCCAAUCACGCGUCAUUGUGCAAAAGCUCGAGCACGACGUGACGCGCCUCAGUGACGCAAUCUCGGCGGAAACGAGUUUGACGAGCAAGCUUCAGUCGCAGCUCACCCAAGAGCGGGCGCAGUUUGAGCAAAUGCUGUCCGAGCAAAACAAGGAGCGCGCGGCGCUCGAGAGUGCGCACCGGCAGCUCCGCAAGCAGCUGCGGCGCAACAGCGACCUCCCGUCGACGCCGACCAAGACGACCGAGUCGUCGACGCCAUCCUCAUCGUCCUCGACCGUCUCGACGAGUCAAGUCCGGGCGCUGGAAGCGGCCUUGGCCGAGAUGCAUGUCGCGAUGCAGCGGCUGCGUCAAGAAACCGCGUUGGAGCGCCUGGAGGCUGCCCUCGCGCCCCUUCCGCCCGUGCGCCCGCCCACGAAGCUCGCUGCUUGUCUCGACAACGUCCGCCGCGUCGAAAGCCAAGUGCUCGCGAUGGCGUCGCUCCCGUCCUUGUACGUGGUCGGUGGCACUCGUACGACCAGCGCGUCGCCCGCCACGUCAUCGCAUAUCGUGCCGCUCGCUAAGACGAUCGAAAAGCUGCGCGCCGAAAUCGCGUCGACGGCCGCCACCGAAGGCUUUGGCGCCGACGUGAUCGCGGCGGUCCGCGCCAACGAAGUCGCGUUCGCGGGCCGCUCGGUCGACAGCGUCCACGCCUCCGCAGCGGACGUGCCGGCGCGCGUCGGCCGCCUCACGUUUCCAGGUCCUCGCAAGGCGGCGUGCAGUGCCGUCAAGGUCGUGCUCUCGUCGUCUGAGCUGCACACGCUCUCGCGCGCGCUCUUGUGCUAA